AUGUGUGGGAUUCUAUUGCAUUAUUUGGGUUCUUUAGAUGGAUCUAGAAAUGAUCUCAUCGAUGAGGUUCAUGAAUAUGAUGAAAGUUACUCUGGAGAUAGGGUUUGCAGCGAUGGAGAUGGUACUUUUAAUGAGAUUAUUCCUUAUAUAGUCUCUAGGGGUCCCAAUUACUCCUCGUUGAGGGUCAACAGGGAGCAUGGAAUCAGUUGGUUCUCAUCUAUUCUGUCGUUAAGACAGCCUUUCACUAGGCAAAGUAUUGUAGUUGAUGAGAGAUAUGUCUUACAGUUCAAUGGGGAACUGUACAAUUCAGAGAUUUCAGGCAAUGAUACUCAAUAUAUUGUUUCAUUGUUGAAGUCUUGUGAUGGCGAUGUGGUCAGCCUAGUUAGAAAAUUGGACGGUGGAUUUGCUUAUACAAUUUAUGAUUUGAAAGAGGGAAAUAUAUAUUUUGGUAGAGAUACCAUUGGGAAAAGGAGUUUAUGUUAUUCUAUUGACGAAAAUUCAGGCGAACUGUUUAUAUCCAGUGUCACUGGGACAAGAGGAACUUUCGUGGAUUGCUUAGGUGGUGUUAUCUAUACAUAUGAUACAAAGACUCAUACAUUAGAUGAUACCAAAGUAAUAAGAGAUAAAUAUGUAGUAACUGAUAUGACUGAUGAGUUGGAGAAUGAAUCACAAUAUAUGGAAUUGUUAUAUGGAACUCUUUAUGAAUCUGUGAAAAAGAGGGUGCUUUCUAUUCAUCCGACACACAUCGAAAAUUCACCAAUUUCAAUACUGUUUUCAGGUGGUUUGGAUUGCUCUGUUAUCGUGGCAUUGAUAUGUGAAGUUCUUAAAACUGAAUACAAAGGUCCCAACAUAGUACUAGAAUUACUAAACGUAGGGUUUGAAAAUCCAAGAACCGGGAAAAUGCCACAUGAAACACCAGAUAGAUUACUGGCAGUCAAUAGUUAUAAAAUAAUACAAGAAUUAUACCCAGAUAUAGAUAUCUGCUUAGUUGAGGUUGAUGUUCCUUACGAUGAAUAUUUAAGAGUUAGACCAAAAGUUGUGGAUCUAAUAUACCCCAAGCAAACUGAAAUGGAUCUAUCUAUUGCAAUUGCCUUUUAUUUUGCAUCCAGAGGCCAUGGGUUUGUAACGAACAGUGAUAACGAAAGAAAUAAAUAUAAUAGAAAUGGCAUUGUCCUUUUCAGUGGUCUUGGGGCUGAUGAACUUUAUGGCGGAUAUCAUAGUUUCGCCAAUAAGUCCAUUGAAGAGCUUACAGUAGAACUAACCAGACAGAUCAACAACAUACACGACAGAAAUUUAAAUCGUGAUGACAAAGUAAUUGCUGAUAAUGGUGUAGAGGUAAGGUAUCCAUUUUUAGACGAAGAAGUGAUACAGUAUUCAGUUUCUCAGAUUCCAAUAUCUUAUAAAGUGAACAAAGGAAUCCUGAGAAAGCUGGCAUUGGAAAAACUGCAAUUGAGGGACAUUGCGCAGGAACCUAAAAGAGCAAUUCAAUUUGGUGCAAGGAGUGCUAAAAUGACCAAAGAUGGUAAUAAAAACGGUACCGAUGUCAUCAAAGCAUGA